GUAGCGACCUUCGAGCGCGUAUCCAAUCGUCGAUGACGUCCGAGAUUUUUCAAAUUUAAAUCGCAAAAUCGAUUCAACUGUCGUUGUUUAACCUUCGGGAACGAGGUUCGGCCGAGGGUUACGCGAACGAUCCGGAUGUGUUGAAAAAUUGUCGACUCGUUCGUUCCUCGACUCUUUUUCAUUGACCAUUACCGCGUUCCAAGCUGGAAUUUCCAGCGCGAGAAACAAAGGAUUUGACGAUGUCGAUGUUUACGCCGAUCAAGGGACCUGGUGGGUUUAAUGAGACGAUAUUAAAUACCCCUCAGCCUCAAGCGUCGUCGACCGUUCGAAGAAAAAGCCCGUUGGAGAGCAAAUUUAAUGACAAGCAUCGCAAAGAUGGUCAAAAUGUAUCGUAUGAAAAGCUGGCGCAUAAUGAACAGAAUUCUUCGUUAGGUCUUCUGGGUGAUAUAUCAGGUCUCACAAAUAUGAGUACUACAGAAAGUGUGCAGAAAUUCAAUCAGAAUCACAAUAUCGAUGCAGAGCUUGAAUGUGAAGCCAGAAGGCUUCUUCAAAAGUGCAGCGACACAAAAAACUCUUCUCUAACCGUAGAUAUGAAUAAGGAAAAUAAUGCCAAUAUACAAAAUAUAACAGAUCAUUUAUCUGUUUCAAAUUUUACUUUGCCAAAAGAGCCUUGCACGCUUGAAUUGGAUCAAGAAUGCAACACUAACCGCUUGAUGAAUGAAGUCAGUAUGACUAAUGUUGCUUUUGAUCCUAAUGAAAUCACGGCGCGCUCAUCUGGUGUCCACAAUAGUGCAAAGGAACAAUCUCUUUCAAGUAAAUCUUUCAGUGGUAUUAACUUCAGUACAGAUGACAUAAUGAUGCAAGUCAAUAACAAGAUAAUGGAACAGCUCAAUAAUGAAGAAUUUUUGUCUGGAUCAAAGGUGGCUGAACAAUUAUCAAUUGAUGAAGUUCGUUGGCAACAAGAUCGUACAUAUUGUAUGCCACUUACAAAUACAGAAAUGCAGAAAUUAGAUCUCACUUCCUUUUCUGGUGUCAUUGGACAAUUAGAUUUAUCAGUAGAAUCUUGUGCUGGAAGAAAAUUAUCUAUUGGCCAAUAUUUUGAACGUAAAUCUGCUGAUCUAGCAGUAUUGGGAAAUAAUAAACAAGUAAAACCAAAUUUUGAUCUUACUUUGGAAAGUUCCAUAAAAAAAGGCAAUUUGGAAUCACUAGUUGAGUCGACUGUUUUGACAAAUGCAAAUGUAACAUUGUCAACGGAAUCAAAGGAGGAAUUUGUCACAAAUGCAACAAAGGAUAUGAAUAAAACUAAUAUCAUAAGUCUAAGCACUAUUCUUAAUACUUUACAAAACGUUGAUAGUGGCACGCCGCGGCGUUUAGUUGAUCAGAUUUUAAUGGCACAGAAAAAGAAGAAGGAUGCAAUAGAAGAAACUUUCAUGUUGCCUUCUAAUAGAAAGUCUAUGCUAGCAAUACCUGCUGGGAAUUCUAAUAAAUUUGAUCAAGAUAUUCCAGAGAAUCUUCCAACAAAAUUAUCACUAGACAGUAAAACUAAAGAUGAAAUUAGAAGUGAAAGUGUUAAAAAUGAAACUGUUAAUGUGAAACAAGAGCACUCAAGGAUAUUAUCAUUUAUUUCAAAUAAAAAUAUGAAUGUAGCCGAAUCUUUUACGAAUAUACAUAAAGAAAAAAUAUUAAAAGAAGAAGCAAGUGAUAAAAAUGCAACUUUAUUUAAUCAAGGUGCAGGAAUAUCAGGAUUAGAUGUUACAUUGUUACAAAAUUCCAAAUUCUCAUUUAAUGACAAAUUUACUUUAUUGUCAUUUAAAAAGGAUUUAGGAAGUUACGAUGAGAGUUACAAUGAUUUAAAUAUACAAAGAAACGAACCGAUAAAAGAACAUUCUAAAAAUAUAAUGGGUCCAUCAUUUUCUAUGAAUAUAAAUACAGAAACGGAACUUAAUUUAUACAGUAAUAUUGUUAUCGGAAAGAAUACAGAACGAUUGUGCAAUUGUAUAAUUGGCAUGAUAAGUGAAGUUAAUAUUGAACUCCUAAAUCAUGGGGAUAGAUGGAUUACAUAUUCUUUAACAUUAAAAGAAGUAUUAGGAGAUAUGCAGAGUAUUGAAUUGAAUAUACCUCAAGAUGAAAUCUUAAUAGAGCCUAAUGGAGAGCAAUCCUCAAAAAUUAAAGUGAAAGUAAUACAAAUGUGUGAACAAAUAUUUGUAGCAUUAAAUAUAAUCUUAACAGAUAUGGUAACAAAAUCGAAAUGGUACAUGAAGCACAUGAUCUGUGUUAACCCAGAACAACUUGAACUUGAGAUUAUAUGUGAUUCUCAUAAAGAGGAACUGGAUUUUCAAUAUAUUAUAAAAGAUUCAGCAAAAAUUCUACCAAUAAUAUUUCAUAAUAAAAACAGUAUUGAUGUGCCUAUUAAGCUUUCUAUAUUACAUGAUGGACCGAAAAUGUUUAGCAUUGAUGGUACGUUUGAUAAGUCCAUAAAGCUAAAUGAAUCUCACGACGAACUUACUAAUCUAAUAUUAAAACCUCAUGAGAAAUUUACCAUUAAUAUAAAAUGUGAACAAUCUACAUUGAUAGAUGUCUCACAAAAACAAUUGCAACAUUGGAAGAGUAUACUAAUUAUACAUGUACCAUGCGAUGACACCAUCCUAUUCCAGAAAAAAGUGCCCCUUUAUGCACAGAUGGGUAUCUGUAAAAUUCAAAUCGUUGACACAGAGGUACCUAUAAUCGUUUCAAGACAGCAAGGCAAAUUGCUAAAUGUUAUAAAUUCGGGGAAUGUAGCAACGCACGUAUUCGCUACUAUCGUGCCUAUUGAAGAAUAUUCAAACUCAGCACAGAAUUUUUCUAUAGAACCAGAUAAUAUAUUUUUACAAAUUGGAGAAAAAAACUCAUUCUUAAUUGUAUAUAAAUCACAAGUUUCAGAUACAAGCUCUUCAGAUAACGAAAGAUGUGCAAUGGUUAAAUUAAUCACCGGUAAUAAUGUUUAUCUUUAUGUGAUAAGUACCGAACAAAUAUCGCCAGAAUCAGAAAAAGAAAAUUAUUUACGCUGCCACACACCCAGUAAUGCUGUAUCUCUAAGUCCAGCAACGUCGCCACAAAGUGUAACUUCUAAUAGAUCCGGACCUAGCGAUAGAAAUUCACCAAUUAGUACAGUAUCUGGUGUAACUGUAGCAGGAAAUAUAAUUCCAGUCAAGUCGACACAUGCUGCCUUAAUAUGGAAUAGUGUAAAAACAGGAAAGAAUGAAAUUAAAGAAUUUAAAAUCCGUAACAUAAGUAAUAAUAAGAUUAAAAUUCAGAUAGACAUAUGGGAUGACAAUAAAAGUUUUAAGUUUCUUGGUGAUAGACAAACUCUCAAUACAAGUAUGAUAUUAGCAUUGCAACGUCAAGAGCUUAAAACACUUGCUGUUAAUUUUAGUCCGUAUCAUACAGGUCCAGUAAUUGGAAAAAUCACUAUUAAACAUUAUACAAGAGAUGGUAGUGAUUCUCAGCAACACAAAAAAAUACCUUUAUAUGGAUAUGGCGGGUAUAGCAAGAUAAAAAUUUCGAAUAUAUUCAAAGAUGCAAAUGGGAAGAUGGGAAAAUCACUUGGUACUUUGUGUUCUGAAACUACAGUCUUGACUGCAGAUAUUACGUUACAAAAUAUCGGAGACUUAUAUUCAUUUGCUAAAAUCAAAGUUAUACCAAAAGUUAUUUCUCCAACAAUGAAUUCUUGGCAUGUAAACCCCAAAGAAUUGAUUCUCAAGCCUAAAGAAACUCGACAAGUAUUAAUAGAAUUCUAUCCUAAAAAAGAAGAUUUCGCGAUGUUACAACAUUCGGAAGUGUCCCAUGUUGCAACAGUAAACGUUACUUAUGGGGAUGAACCGACCCGUUGGCGAAUACGCAGAUUGUCUAAUAAAAUAAUGGAAUCAAAUAAUCCAACUGAAAAUGAAAAUGAGGCAUUUAAAAAUAUUGUACAAUCUAUAUGUAAAAACUUCGUUGGGGAACAAGUACCUAUUGGUUUAUCGAUUUAUGAUUCCAUUCAAAAUUUAAAUGAUCUUUGCACUGGAGUUCAUCAAGAUGAAAUAAUGCUUACCGUGGAAGCAUGUGCUGAUGAUACUUUACCAGUUUACGAUGCUGAUGAAUCACAGAUGUAUUAUACCUUAAGUGACACUACUCAUAUGGAUGAAGCAGAUGGAGCAAGUUGUUUUACUUCUCAAUCUGUGGCAGAAUAUGAAACUAAAUGUUCCAGAUUGCUAGGAGAGCAAUUCACUGUAACUCCGUCCACUGUCGUUCUUCGUCCUCCAGUAGAGACCGAAGCAACUGUGACUAUUUUUAGCUCGUUUAAAACGGCCGAGCCAUUCCAGACCAAUCUGUUAAAUUCAAAUUAUCUCAGCGUUAUUCCCACAGAAGGAAUGUUACCAAGCAGACGAAGAUAUUCCUUAAAAAUACAAUGUUCGCAGAGGAUAGAACGUAAUAUGCAAACUAAACUUGAGAUUUAUACAGAGAAUAAUAAACAAGAUGUGUUAAUUAAAGUCAUAAGACAAUCAUGAAUUAGAGAUACAUUAGAUACACAGUUUUAUAAUCAGAAUAUUUAUUUAUAUUUAAUGUAAUUAAUGAAUUUUAUAUGCA